AUGGCUGACUCGACCGCUGACAAGACUGCGCCUCGCAUGCCCUACUGCUUCUUGGGCAAGUCUGGCCUCCUAGUCUCCAAGCUCGCUCUCGGCAGCUGGAUGUGGGCCGACGACAAGUACACACCCGAGCGCUGGUACGACAUGAUGAAGCUCGCGUUCGAGCGCGGCGUCAACUUCUUCGACAACGCCGAAACGUACGGUAACGGGCAGGCGGAGCGGAACAUGGGCGCCGCGAUCCAGAUGGGCAUCUCAGAGGGCGUCUGGAGCCGCGAGGACCUGGUGGUGACGACGAAGGUGUUCGGGGGCUCCAAGGGGUGGCUCGAGGGCGGCCCCAACGACCAAGGCGCGAGUCGGGAGCACAUCAUCGAGGGAACCAAGGCGUCACUGGCCAGGCUGCAGCUCGACUACGUGGACGUCAUCUUCUGCCACCGGUCGGAGCUGUACACGCCCAUCCAGGAUACUGUCCGAGCUAUGAACUUCGUGCUCGACCAAGGCUGGGAUUUCUACUGGGGAACGAGCCAGUGGUCGGCGGCCGACAUCGUCGAGGCGUGCGAGAUCGCCGACCGCCUCGGCCUUGUGCGGCCGAUCGUGGAGCAGCCCGAGUACAAUCUGCUGGAGCGCAGCAAGAAGUACGGGCUGGGCCUCACGACGUGGUCGCCGCUCUCGUUCGGCACGCUCACGGGCAAGUACAGCGCCGGCACGCCUGGAGGUUCCAGGCUGGACAUGUCGGGGCUGAAGGCCGCGAUCCCCAACUUCGAGGCGCGCGUCGAGAAAGCUGAUCGCCUCAAACCUGUGGCGGCGGACCUGGGGUGCUCCUUGGCGCAGCUCGCCAUCGCCUGGUGUCUCCUCAACGACAAGGUGUCGACUGUGAUGAUUGGCGCGAGCUCGCCUUCGCAGCUCGAGCAAAAUCUGAAGGCUCUGGAGGUGGCGGAUAGCUUCAAGCCCGAUGUGAUGGCCAAGAUCGAGACCCUGGUGCCGCUGGAGGCCAAGGAACCGAUGCCGGACAUGCUGUCGGGGGUCCGAGGACGCCAUUUGUUUUGGAUGGUGCACUUGUUGGUCCGUACGGCCUGGAGCCACCACUAG